UAUAAUGAUAUAAAAGAUUACAAUAUACCAGUUUGUAAACACUUGGAGGCAAUGAGCGGUGGCUGUGUGGAAAGUAAUUCAGGGCCCUUGUGGUUUCCAAUGACAACAGCACCAUUUGGUGUAAAAUCGGGCGCUGGAUAACAGGGUUAUAUACAGCCAAACGUGUACAUGAACAUCUUAACGGCUUUCGCCCUCUCAAAACUGGCCUCUAGGAGCAAGAAAUCCUCCUACUUCUACCUCCUGGCCCUCACCACUUCUGACAUUUUGACUCAAAUUUUUAUCAUCUUUGUAGGCUUCAUUCUUCAGACUACCAUCCUUCAUCGCAAGGUGCCCAAUGCUUUCAUCCAUUUGGUCAGUGUCCUUGAGUUCUCCUCUAACCAUGCCUCCAUCUGGAUCACCGUCAUCUUGACCAUGGACCGAUACGUAGCCUUGUGUCUUCCCUUACAAUAUCGCUCUCUCUCCUAUCCAGAACGUACACGUAGGGUUAUUGUAAGUGUCUUUCUAGCAUCAUUUGUGACCGGCAUCCCUUUCUACUGGUGGAGUGAUGUUUGGAGGGAUCCCAGAACACCCGGUUUGCUAGAUCGUGUCCUUAAAUGGGUCCAUUGCUUCAUUAUUUACUUCAUUCCUUGUACGUUUUUUUUUCUCAUCAACUCCAUCAUCAUCCUCAGGCUUAGAAAGAAAUCAGAGACCAAGAGGUACAAGCUUAGAAUAGGCAAGACUACUGCCAUACUCAUAGGCAUCACAACUGUAUUUGCUGUGCUAUGGGCUCCCCGGACCAUUGUCAUAAUCAUUCAUAUGUAUGUAUCCUCUGUCCACAAUGAUUGGAGGGUCCACUUGGCCAUGGACAUUGGAAAUAUGUUGGCUUUACUCAACACCGCCGUCAAUUUCUUCCUGUACUGCUUCGUGAGUAAGAGAUUCCGGGAUACAGUGAGGGAGAUUAUUGGAGUGCAAAGGCCUUGUCACACAACUGUGGGGAAGAAAAACCUAAGUGACAACUUUUCCGACUCUUUGAAGCCCAUGGAGGUUCCUCAGGCAACAACGAUAUGAGUCAAGUGAUGCUACUACGUAUGAAUAGCUUGUUUUCCACAUACCACUUGCUCGUGAUCAACGCAUGUCAACCAAAAUCUGAAAACUUGCAUGAGAGAAAGAGCAUUAAAGGGGUACUCC